UUUUGUGCAUUUUUCUAAUUCUAUGAUUCUGACACAAAAUCAAAUUUUGAAAACAAAAACUGCAUGAAACAAUAUUUCAACUUUUGACCUAAUAAUUUUAUUAAUCCUUAUAAAAGGGUACCUAAGCUAUUUAGCACAAACUAAAUGAGGAUUAACGUAUAAUGUUAUUUCUACCAAAAAGACGGUUAGUUAGAAGUUCAGAUUAGUUGCCAAAAUGCAAUCCAAUUUCAGAAAUAUUUUAAUAAAUUUGACAGUUGGAAGUAUUAUACCAUGUAUGUUGUGUACAUUGUGUUUCUUUAAUGUAAUUUCCAUUGUUACUGUCAAAGUAUUACUGGUAAUAUCUUUUUUACUUUUUGUUAUAUUACCACUGAUUUUCAAAUUCUCCUACAAGCUACAGACAGCUGUUCUGUUUUUAAACUUCGCGCAUUUGCCAUAUAACGCCGAUUAUGCCAAUCCACAUAAAUAUGGUUUGCACAAUUCUCGAAAUUUUUAUUUAAAAACUGAUGACGAUAUAACUUUGGGCGUCUGGCAGAUUCUUCCCCUAACAAUAGAAGAUGAUUACGGCGUUAUAAACGAAACUGAUCAGUUUUUCGAAGAAGCACUUGGAGAUGGUAAAGACGUGAUAAUAUACUAUCAUGGUAACGCUGGCGCGAGAUUAUCUGGACAUAGAGUUGAACUGUACAAAAUUUUGAGGAAACAAUUCCAUGUUAUAGCUUUUGAUUACAGAAGUUAUGGUGAUUCGACAAACGACCAACCAUCCGAAACUAAAUUGGUCAAAGAUUGCAUAUUCAUGUACAAUUGGGUGGCCGAAAGAACUAAGGGUAGUUUGUUCGUUUGGGGUCAUUCAUUAGGAACUAGUCUCUCAUUACACUCUCUGUCUAUUCUUCAAAAACGAGGAAUAGAGCCAACUGGUGUGAUAUUGGAAUCUCCAUUUAAUAAUUUUAGGGACGAAUGUUCCGAAUUUCCGUUAUCGUGGAUGUUUAGAUUUUUGCCAUGGUUCAGCUACACAAUUACAGAACCGAUGUAUAAAAAUGGUUUCACUUUUGAAAGUGAUAAAUAUAUAUGUAAUGUAGAUGCCCCUAUCCUAAUUUUACACGCCCAGGACGAUCAUGUGGUACCUAUAAAGUUGGGAAAAAGAUUAUACGAGGAAGGUAAGAGAUGUAGACGACAUUCACAAGGGGUUUUAAUGUUUCACGAGUUUGAUGGUAAACAUGGUUACCAACACAAAUUUAUAUGCAGAGCGCCUGAGAUCGAUGGCAUUAUUAGGGAUUUUGUGUCGUUAACCAAAAGAAGAAAUAGAGGAAAAUCGCUGAAUUCCAGUAGAUAAAGUUGUUUGGUGAAUAUUGGGAAGAUUAAUAACAUAUAGGCAAUAAUAAUUUCUGUGAUUUAAUGAAUUUAUAUUGAUCAGUAAAGAUAAAAUAAUAAAAAUGGAUUUUGA